AUGUCAUCCUCCAAAGACUGGAAACAAGAAGACUUUCCUUGUAUCCUAACCCUCCACAUCCCCUUCCCAACCGCACACCUCGCCCAAACCGCUCAACUCUCCCUCUCCGUCGACGCCGAACUCUCGCCGCUCGUACGCCGCGCCUUCACACUCACCACACCCGCGGGCUCAACUGAGCAAUCCGUACUGCAAGUCGACUACGCGGCGACUACGAACCGCAUGUUGCGCGUUGCUGUGAACGGGUUUGUGGAAAGCGCGGGUGUGGUGGUUGCGGUGAUGAGGGAGUUGGAUACGGAUGUUGUGUAUGAGCCUACGAGGGAAGGGCUGGAGGGCGUGCAGGGACUGGAUGUGAAUAAGGUUGGGUGA